UUGUUUUCCGAAAAUAUCCCGAACAGAAUUUUGGUGCAGAGAUUUAUCAGGAGUGCAUAUUUCCAGAUGCUCAAUAAUAAAAAGUCUUGUAUUAUAUGUGAUGCGACAAAAUAGUUUCUUCUGCAAGUUUGGCCAUGACGGCAAGUGAUUGUUAAAUUAGGAAUUUUUUUUCAAAAAUGAACGCAAAUAUAUCAAGUGAGGAACUCAUUCCAUAAUUUAUUAAAAAAACACCUUGUAUAGCACAAAAAUAUAUCAAUGUAUACGUUCAUCAUUUUUAAUUAUUUAAAAAUAAACUAAAACAAAUACUAGGAAUUAAUUAAGGGAAAACAAAUUAAACAAGCCCGAAUUGCCAACGAUUAGAAUACGGAAGCCAGACAAUCAGUAGGCGCCAUUUCUAAGAAAGCAAAAAAAUACUCAAUUAUACUAUCCAGAUUAUAUUCUCCAGAUGUAAGGCAGAUGUAAAUAUUAACAGUCAGACAGUUUUAAAUUGAAACUCUCGGCUAACACAGCGUUUCGGCAAAAAAUGGGCCGGUUCAUUUUUCUAAUUUUCGUAAUAAUUCUCUUGCCUGAAUUCAGUUUUCAGGAGAAACUUAAUCUAGACGCCCUAAAUAACUACAGCGAAUUUCUCAAUUUCGGCAAUAAGAAACUUCAUAAAAUCAAAUCUGGAAAGCAGCUCGAAAAUCAGAUUUUUAAGUCGAAAUUGGAUGUGUUGGGGGAACUUUUUAAAAGACACGUAGAUUUUUUAAAAGUUUCUCAGAAACUGGAUAUUGUGUUUCUGGUGGACGCCAGUUCGAGCGUUGGCGAUAAGAACUUCUUAAGUGAACUGAAAUUUAUCAAGAAGUUAUUGAGCGAUAUUACAGUAGAUUAUAAUCAUACUAGAGUAGCUGUCGUCAGUUUUAGUUCACCUAGUAACACGAUUAAAAAUAUUGAUGGAAUAAGCUUGCCAUCCAAAGAUCACGAUAAAUGUUUUCUGCUAAACGACCAGCUGAUGAGUCUAGAAUAUACGGGGGGAGAAACUUAUACAGUGGGCGCUUUCCAAAAGGCCAAAGAAAUAUUCGAUUCGUCCCAUCGCAAUGACUCGAAAAAAAUAAUUUUUUUGGUGACGGACGGUUACUCCAAUGGCGAGGAUCCUGUCCCAUUAUCAAUUGCCUUAAAAAAUAACCAAACCACCAUAUUCACCAUUGGUAUCCGAAAUGGCAAUUACAAGGAACUCUACGAACUUUCGUCUAAUCCUGGGGAGUUUUACAGUUACCUUCUAGAUAGCUUUGAGGAGUUUGAAGGUUUGGCUAGGCGCGCUUUACAUGUCGAUCUAUCCGAUGGAGAUUACAUACCGUUAGGGGUAAAUCAGCCAUGCAAUAAACUGUGCGAAGAGGGUGAAGAUUGUUGCGAUCAGAACGCUCAGUGCUCAUGCGGCACCACUACCGGACAUUAUUCUUGCACAUGCCAACCAGGAUACUAUGGAUCUGGAUUGAAAAAUGAUUGCAUGCCUUGUACAGCAGGAACGUACUCAGAUGGCCCCAAUCUCUGUUUACCAUGCCCGGAUAUCCAACAUAUCACUAUACCGCCAGCAAGCGGAAUAGAGAGCUGCACCUGCAAAAAAGGCUUUCAAGAUGAUGGAAAAGGUGGCUGCAAAAUACUAAAAUGUCCAAAAAUUGAUGCCCCUGAACACGGCUACAUCGUAAAGAAAAAGGAGUGCAAUAAUGUAUUAAACAGUGCUUGUGGCAUGAGAUGUGAGGUAGGGUAUACCAUGGUUGGUAACAGUAUCCGAUUAUGUCAAGCCAAUGCGACUUGGAGUGGGUCAGAUCCCACUUGUGAGGUGAAAACCUGCAAUAAGCCUCCUACUCCUAAAUAUGGAUCUGUGGAAUGCAAGCAGGAGGAUCUGGGAGUAAUUUACGAUAAGAGUGAGAAAAAGUUGCCAGUCGAUACAAUUUGUACGUUUGAGUGUGACAAGGGACACUUACUUAUUGGAUCACAUCAGAGAACGUGUUUGCCAAUAGCACAGUGGGACGGAUUAAGAACAAUUUGUAAACAAACAAAAUGUAGCAAACUCUCCCAAAUAAACUAUGCCAGGAUCGAACCCAGAUCUUGCACUUCUGGAAAACAGGAUUAUGGAAAAAGUUGCAAAAUUGUUUGCAGAGACGGAUUUUGGGCCACGGGGCCUACUGACAAAGUGUGCGGCAGUAACGGACUGUGGGGAAAAAAGCACGAGGAUGAAACUUUUUGUAUAGAUGUAACCCCGCCAGACCUAGACUGUCCUAAUAACGUAACCGGUAACACGAUACCAGGAGCGAAAUAUGGACAAGUUGCCUGGCAAGAACCCGUAAUUACAGAUAAUUCUGGACAAAACGUAACAAGCUGGAUACGGCCUACAAUAGUCAAACCAGCCGAUUACAAAUUCACAAUCGGAUCCACUCGUGUAACUUACUUUGCUCAGGAUGUAUUUAAUAAUGUGGCCAAAUGUCAUUUUUAUGUUGAAAUAAUUGACAUCGAACCGCCAACAAUAGAAGGCUGCAUCAGCCCUCCACCCUACGAGAGCAAGUCAAAGGAAAACAUAACCUGGGAUGAGCCCAAUAUUUUUGAUAAUUCCCAAAAUGUAAUAGUUACAAAAUCUCACGAAUUUGGCAGUUUCGAGGUUGGUACUACUGAAGUGACUUACACUGCCAAUGAUUCAUCUGGAAAUGUAAAUAUAUGUCGUAUAAAUAUCACUGUCGAAGAAUUUCAUUGUCUAGACCUAAUAUCGCCCCUCAACGGCCAGUUACAAUGCGAAACACUGCUAAAUAACAGCGUAAAAUGCAUUUUGUCAUGUGCCGAAGGUUAUGCGAUACCACUUCCAAUAUCUGAUCUUGAAAACAACAGCACCACUUUUUUUUGUAACCAUGCUGAAGCAUUAUGGUUUAACGAGGAUGGAUUGGAUUAUCCAGAAUGUUCAGCUAUCGUAAAUGGUGAGUCUGAAAAGAAAGGAAAUGUUGAUAUGGACUUGGGCGGUGGUACAUCUUGCAAUAAUACUGACGAAAUUGAAAAGAUUCAAAAUAACCUUAAAUCCACCCUGGAAAAUCUAAUGUGCUACGGCGACUGUUUGAUUGAUUUACAAUCUGAAUGUAAACUGGAAGAAGCCGAAGAAGAUACGAAUGAGCUUGCCUCAACGAAGCGUAGAAAAAAGCGAGAGGAGGAAGUUGUUUCCAAGCGCAUUCAUAAGAAAAGGAAAAACCGCCUCAGUAUGAAAUUCCAAGUCAAGGGCAAAUAUAUAAACGAAACAAACCUUAAGGAAGUGAACGUACCGGGUUUAAACGGAACUAUGCGACUAGAGAAGGCAAAAUUUAUAUGCCCAAAUGGGUUCAUACCUCGGAAAAAUCGAUGCGUUCAAUGUCCUCGAGGGACGUUUCACAAUAUAACAACGAACAUUUGUCAAAGUUGCGAUUUUGGCUCCUAUAAUGAUAAAGUUGGUCAAACGAGUUGUAUAGUAUGUCCCGAGCAUCACUCGACCAGAAAGAUGCACGUGAAGAGUUUUAGUGAGUGUAGAGAAAUGUGUCCUCCCGGUACUUACGCCCGCAAAAAGAAAAUUAAAGUAUCGAGACAAUCGAAUAAUACGAGCACUAUAGAGAGAGCGACUUUAAGUCCUUAUUGCAAAUCUUGUCCUGUUGGAAGCUAUCAGGCAGGAUAUGGAACAUUCAGCUGUAAUCCAUGCCCCAACGGAUUCACGACCGCAAAAGUACAUUCAACAUCUUUCAAAGAUUGUAUUCCCAAAGCCAAAGAUUUAUGCAACUUAAGACUAAACAUUUGUAACAAUGGAAAGUGCAUCAUUGAAAAUGAAUAUGAGUUCUCGUGUGAAUGUUUUGAUCAAUAUUAUGGUCCUUACUGCAAAAGCCGCUUCUCCCCAUGCGAUUCGCAACCCUGCCAAAAUAAUGGAACCUGCAUUACUAAUUCCAGUGGAUAUUCUUGUACGUGUGCAGAAGGAUAUUUCGGAAGGCAAUGCGAGAAUGUCCUAGAAAAAGAUCUGGAAAUUCCUUGCAAUUUGAAAUGCGAGAACGGCGGAACAUGCCUAAAUAUUGAAGAGAACGAAUUGGUUUGUGUUUGUCCUCCUGGAUUUUAUGGUGAUUUAUGCCAGCAAAAAAUGAAAUUUUGCGAUAAUUUAGUUUGUGAAAAUAAUAGCACUUGCACCGAAACAAGUUCCAGUUUCAUUUGUGCUUGCGCAAAAGGUUUUAUGGGUAGAAGAUGCAAUUUGGUGCCCUGCGAUUAUAAACCUUGUACAAGCAAUAAUAGUAUAUGUGUUAAUUUAGAGAAGGAAAAUACUACCAGAAGUGAUUACAAAUGCGUUUGCGCAGCAGGAUUUACAGGACCGGAUUGCCAGCAGAAAAUCGAUUACUGUCAAAACUUGCCUUGUCAGAAUAACGGAUUGUGCCGUAACGGGGAGUUUUCGUAUAAAUGUCUGUGUCCGAAAUUGUACUACGGUGAAAACUGUGAAUUCACUAGAGACACGAACCUAAUAUUGCAGUUUUCAAGUUCCAACAUUAACGAUUUUGUGAGGUGGAAAGGUUUUGAAAAGAAUCUUAGUGAGAUAAGCAUUUGCCUCUGGAUGCAAACCAAUGACGACUUCAAUUACGGCACCCUCGUAUCCUACGCUAAUAAGUUUACAGAUAACGCUUUUACAUUAACCGAUUAUACAGGGUUAGUAUUUUACAUAAACAAACAGCACGUUGUAACAGAUGUGGUGCUAAAUGAUGGUUUUUGGCAUCAUGUAUGCAGUAUGUGGAGCAGUGAUAAUGGCGCUUAUCAAAUUUUCGUCGACGGAGCAAUGGUUAAAAAUGGAAUUGAUUUAGCACCAUAUACUCAGAUAGAAGCUGAUGGCUAUUUUGUGAUUGGCCAGGAGCAAGACUCUUUAGGAGGUCGUUUUAGUCAAUCAGAGUCUUUUGUAGGCAAUUUGGCUUACGUAGACGUUUGGUCUAGAGUUUUGACUUUUGAAGAGAUUCUCGCCCAUCAGAAUGAUUGUAAUGACGUCAUUAGUGGUGACGUUUAUGCUUGGGCAGAAGUUGCCGACCAUAUUUAUGGAAACAUUCAGCAACUCCCCUCACAUUUUUGUCAAAUUUGUGAAGAUCCAGAGCCACUUUUUCACGGUUUUGUGCAUUUACAAGAUAACCGGGCUUAUUACUCUUGCUACGAAGGCUACGAGCUGAGUAACAGUAAAUUUGCCAACGGCAGAAGAUGUACUAAAACCUCCAAAUGGGAAGGUUUCUAUGAACCCUACUGCAAGAAAGUUAACUGUGGCUAUCCAGGCAUUGUAAAAAAUGCUUAUUCUAUCGGAAAUCGGUAUUUCUACAACGAUAAAGUCACAUAUCAAUGCUACGAUGGUUUUAAAAUGAUAGGAAAUAUGACGAUCAUUUGUAAAGAGGAUGGAAAAUGGUUUCCCGAAAAACCUCAGUGUGUCGGAAUUCAAUGCACCCUACCAAUAGUUCCGAAUGGAAAAGUUCAAAUUAUAUCAGACUUGUUCGAGGAAUCCGGUAAAGUUACUAUGGUUGAUACAGAUACGCAAAUUAGUGUAAUGUGUUAUGAUAACGCCACGUUAAUUGGAGAUGAUGUUGCUACUUGUUUAGAAAAUGGAACAUGGGACAACUCUAAUUUGACCUGCCAACCGAAACAACCAAAACGCAAAGAAAUCUUUAUGCCUAAAUCAAACUGCCCCAUGACUAGAGUGCCCAAGGCCCCAGAAAACGGUUACAUCGAUGAUGAUAGCUUAUCGUUAGUUAAAAAUGGAUUGACGGACUGGGUGGAGUACAAAUGUCGUCCUGGAUUUUAUAAGGUCGGCGUAAGCAGAUCCACUUGUAUCGUGGACGGAUAUUGGACUGAGAUUAAUAUGACAUGUGAAGCAAUUACCUGUGACAGACCGCCAUCGUUUGAGAACAUGGUUCUUCAACACAAAGAGCUAUUAACUGGCAAAUAUAUUUUUGGAAAUUUGUUGACUUAUGAAUGUAAGGAGGGAUUUUUCAUGGUUGGCAGGAGUUUGAUUCGUUGCACCACUUUUGGUAGAUGGAGCAAAAUGCAAGGGCGAUGUAUCAAAAUAUCGUGUGAUAAGCCAAAACUAUCACUAGACGCUAGAAUUAUUGGAAAUUCUUAUUUUGUUGGAGAUAGUGUUACCAUUAUAUGCCCUAAUAAAGCUGAAUUUACUUUGAUUUGUGGAAAAAAUGGUACGUGGGAUGGCGAUAUUGAUCCUAAGUGUUAGAGCUAUACAUUACGUGAGAUUACAUUAAGAAUUAAUAAAGUUUUGUGAAAAAGAGUGUAUAUUUUUGUCAUAUUUUGGAUAAAACGAUUUAUAAUAUUUCCAAGUUUCCUGAGGUAAUAUUACUAACAUUACUACAAGAAUUUUAAAGUGUCUUAAAGUUAUAUUCUUAAAAUACGACUCCUGGAGGAUAUUGUCCAUGUUCUGGAAAACUUUACUCUAAGGAGUAUAAAAUUUGUUAGGUCGCAAGUUGUUGCCAUUAAAUAAAAAAAAUUUAAUUA